GAAGGGAAGAACAAGAAGCUGAAAGAGUAGACAUGGACGUGAAUUUCGCCCCGCUCCGCGCCUGGGACGAUUUCUUCCCUGGCUCUGACCGCUUCGCCCGGCCGGACUUCAGGGACAUUUCCAAAUGGAACAACCGGGUGGUGAGCAACCUGCUCUAUUAUCAGACCAACUACCUGGUGGUGGCUGCCAUGAUGAUUUCCGUUGUGGGGUUCCUGAGCCCCUUCAACAUGAUCCUUGGAGGCAUUGUGGUGGUGCUUGUGUUCACGGGGUUUGUGUGGGCAGCCCACAACAAAGACAUCCUCCGCCGGAUGAAGAAGCAGUAUCCCACGACAUUUGUCAUGGUGGUCAUGCUGGCUAGCUACUUCCUCAUAUCCAUGUUCGGGGGAGUCAUGGUCUUUGUGUUUGGCAUCACUUUUCCUUUAUUGCUGAUGUUCAUCCACGCGUCGUUGAGACUUCGGAACCUCAAGAACAAACUGGAGAAUAAAAUGGAGGGAAUAGGCUUGAAGAGGACACCGAUGGGCAUUGUCCUAGAUGCCCUAGAACAGCAGGAGGAAAGUGUUUCCAAAAUCGCUGACUAUAUCAGCAAAGUGAAGGAAUAAAUACCCAUGCCCCAUUGAUAGGGCUGUGGCAGACAUCAAGUUGCAGUUUGCCCUUAUCCAGACCUACUUCCCAUUUGUGUUCUUGAACUCGGAGGCGCCUGUACCAUCCACCUAUCUAUGGCAGCAUGCAUGUGUAGGCCCAACUGUUAACAUCUCCGAUGCUCCAGAGAGAAGCCCUCAGAAACAGUGAGAAAACUACCCUCCUAUUAUGCCUGAAGUCUCAAGUGUGUCUAUGCAAACUGCUAGGAAAGGGAUCACACUUGCUUCUGUAGAGAAAUAAAAGAAAAACAAUUCUGCGUUGUACAGCAACAGUACUGUUAACUUGUAGGGAGAAAACUAAUUGUAUCAAGGCAAUACGAGUAAAUGAAAAAAAAUACUGUUAAAGUAGAUGUCAACACGUUAGACUGUUUUAAUCCUCUGCCCCACCCGUGUCCUCCUCCAAAAAUAUUUCCUGGGACUAGAAUACGUGCAGUCUAAACUAGUUUGGCUUUUCUUCUUCUUCUUUUAAAAUCAGAGAUGAUCUGUAUCACUUUACCACCUGUUUGACGUGCAGUGGAAACUGGAUAAACCAGUUUUUAUUUUGUUUACAAAUAUAAAGAUAGCUGUUUAGGAGACUACUUUGUCAAGUUUUUGUAAAUUUUUGAAAUGCUAGUAAUGCCUUUUCACUAGCAGGUAUCUGUUGCAACCUCAAGAUCACCUUCUUUAAGGUUAUAGCUAUAUAACCUAUAUUAUUGAGAGUCUUGUUAAAAAAAGCAACAACAAAAAAAUAAAACUUGAGUUCUGUUCAUGUGGCACAUCUUUUGUUGUUUUGAUAAAAAGAUGUCCAAGAUAAUGUUUCCUAUAUUUUUUUCACUGUUUAGUUUUUAACUGGAACAUUCAGAAAGAAGGAAAUUGAUGUACAUUGUAUUGAUUUCUUAGGGGCACAAAGAGAACAAUAAUGGUUGGUCUUUUGAAUCUGAAAGGCAUCUGUCGAUGACCAAGCAAAAAGACUUAUGAAGGUGGGAGUCACUAGUGGCUUUCUGCACUUCAUAAAAAUUGUAGAUAGCAAUGGUUACCACCGUAUGUUUUCAUAGCUAGACAUUAGAAUCAAGAUAGCAUGAGUUUAUAUAUCCUGUUACUUUCUUCCUUUUAUUUCUCAUGUAUUUAGAAAUAGAUGAUACGAAAUGUUUUGCUUGCCAGUUGAGUGAUUUCAUAGAUGAAGAGACAACAUUUGGGUUUUCCUAACACUGAGUUAUGAAGACAACUGGAGCAGUACUUACUGAAGAGACUCUCUGUACAUCCUAAAAUAAGAAGCCACAGCAUAUGCUGCUCCUGAUUUGUCUUGCAUUUUAACUUCUCACCCAACCCGCAGCCUUCCUCUCUAGCACAGUGAGAGCACCUUGACUUCAUAGACAUGGUGUAGAGUUUGUACCCUUACCCAAAGAUGGAGAAUAAAGUUUACCCAAGAUUUUUA